CACGGCACGAAGUUGUCUACAAAAGAAGCGUAAAGAUGUCGGCGGUGUAUGCUCGAGCACGAAGCAAGGAAGCACCCAUGGUCGGCAUCGAGUUCACCAACCGCUCAAAAACCAUCCCUGCAUGGCGCGUCGACAUGCAAGAUAAAGAGAACAUGGACAACAACAACAACGCCUCUCUCAAGCGUUCGCAUGACACUGCAAUCCCACCUCCUGCCCCUUUCGAUCCCAAGAAAGGCGUCCAGGACAUUCCGCAACCCGUGUUUGGAGAGAAUCUGAGGUAUCUUUUCCGACCACCGCAUCUUACUCAACCGUCAAAUCCAUGGGCUGGUCCUUCUUCGAUGGAGAUACCUGAAGUGGAUAUGAAAGACGUCGAACUUUCCCCACCUAGGCCACCGCCUCACUCAAGCUUCGGACAGGCAGGCGAAUCAUCAAGGGUGCGUAUGGAAGAAAUGAAUGAAGGUGCAGAAAAUGCCGAAGCGAGACAAGGAAAUGAGAGUCCUGAGCGCCGACUCAUCUCAAACGCUGCAGUACGGCGUAUCGCGCGUAAACGAAAGGAUGGUCGUGCUCGUAGCCGCUCUAACCGUAUACGAAAAGGGUCAAGAGCAACAGAUGCGGACGAAGAGGAUGAUAGUGUAGAUGAGGAGGAUGAGGAUGGGUCACCCCGGAAAGGACGUGCACUGACGCGAAAUACGUCGAAUCAUUAUACCCUCAACUUACCUGGUCCACCGCCUGUGAAAACUGACACACCAUACAUCCUACUCGGCUACCUACAGUUCAUGUUCAACCUCUCACUAAUCCUCGUCUUCUUAUACCUCCUCGUACAAUUCAUAUUCACAGUCCAACAUGACGUAGAACAAAGAAUAGGGGAAUACUCGAUGGACAUCCUACAAGAAAUCACCACCUGCGCACAACUAUACAAACAAAACCUCUGCGAUACGUCACCUAUCCCGGCAAUGUUACACCAAUGCGCAACAUGGGAAACGUGUAUGAACCGGGACCCGAAGGUCGUUGGUCGUGCACGUGUAGGUGCAGAGAUGCUUGCGGAAGUGGUGAAUGGGUUCGUUGAGCCGAUAAGUUGGAAGACUUUGCUCUUCACUCUGUUGUCCCUGGCGUUUAUGACAAUCUUCGUCAACGGCCUCGUAAUGCUCUACCGUGCACGUCUUCACCCAGAUCGUCAACACCAACAUCAACAACAACCGCAACAGCACCAUCAACCGUCCCCUCACGCCGCCUUGCCAUUCCCAAAUUUCGCACCUUAUCAGACACCUUACGGCGGGUAUUUACAACCCGGACAAGCAUCUCAGCAACAGCACGGUAUAUCAUGGCACCCAGAGAGUGACGUCGAAGGUAUACCGAGACAGCGACGACGACUUGAGAAUGGGGAAUCUCCUACACUUGGGACGUCGUGAUCAACAAACAAGCUUGUAGUUGCUUUAAUUCGUCCUUUUUUUAUUUUGGUUCUUUUAGCUCAUUAAUAUUUGGGUGUUUACACCGCACUGUGUACAUUGUUUUGUUUUCUUAUUUUGUAUGUGGAACUCAUAUUAAUUUAAUUU